GGUUUUUUUUUGGCCUUCCUGACUAUUUCUUUCCUCUAUUCUCUCUUGUAUUUUCAUAUACUCAUUACAAUUUUAGAGUAGAAAACAAAAACGAAAGAAAAUCUUGCCAGCAUUUCUAAUAAAACAGCUCCACAUAUGUUAAAUGAAAAAAUUUCAAACAUUUAUUACUAUUCAUAAAUUUGCUUUCGCUUUGAUUUCAAGUUAUUCUCCUGUCUUUGCUAAACGGCUGAAUGUGAAAUUAAAAUCUAACAUAUAAUUACGUGAUUACCUCGACUAGUAAAAUAAGAAAUAAAAAUGCAAAUGACUACUUUAAAACCAUAUGAUACAUCAAUCAUUGACCAUAUGAUUUUGAUAUAUUUUCAUAUAUAUGUCAUUCCCUUUUUUUGCUUUGCUUGGCUGUACAAAUAUAUAUAUCAAGCUUAAAAUAUUGUCAAAAAUUUGCAGUUAUAUAAUGCAAACUAUGUGAUCAAGUAGGUAUAAGCACAUACAAUUAAACCUUGGCGGUAAUCACAUAUGACGAAUAAAGGUUUCACUUUUGUGUUCAAGUUUUUGGCAAAAACGGUUGAAUAUAAAGACGAAAGCUGGCUUUCAGGUACGCGACUAAUUCUCUUAUGUACACAUUUGAGUGAACGAUUCACGACAGAAAGGCAUUCAUUGUGUUAAGCUUUCAAGAUUGCGCUCAAAUAUCUUUACAUUUUCUUCCUUCUCCCUAUAGCCUGCAGCUUGUGCGUCAAAUUUAAUAAAAUUUAACAAUAAUACAUAAAUGUAUGUCGAUUUUAUAAAAAGUAUACGGACUACUACGACGAUUGGCGCAAAGUGUCCGACAUGAUUAAACUAAUCCAAACAUUAGUUUUAUCAAUUCUUCUUAUAACUUUUCGAAUUUUCUGUCAUCCGCGCGCCAUUCCAUUCGAUGUGGCUUUUUUGCCAUCUGUAAAGUACUUUCUAGUAACUCUAGUCAUUUGUUCAAAUGUAGUCAAAGAAAUACCCGUUAUUAACUGUGAAAAAUAUAAUGCGUUAAAUUUCGAGGUCAAUUAAGAGAAGAUAUCAAUAAAAAAAAGCGCACAUUUUAGCGCACCUGCUGCCUUGUAGCCGCUAUUAUAUUUUUUAUUUAUUUAACAAUUUGGAAAAUUUUUUUAUGAAUAUGAAAAAUCUUCUUUAUUUUGCAAUAAUAAUAGAUAAAUUUGAAAAUAAUUGUCCUCUUACGAACCAAAUACUUUUUCGUAUGCGAAGGAAAUCGAAAUAAAAGUCUAAGUCUAAGCUUCGCUUCCAUUAGAUUUUAGCUAUACCGAGGCAAGCUCCUAAUCUGACAUUUUUAUUUUCUUUGCAUUUCUCGACAUUUUUCGCAAUUUAAUAUAAACCAACCUAAUUGUCAGCUGUAUUUAUGUUUGAGUAAACAUAAUGUUAAGUCGAUAUAGGUUCCGAUUAACAUUGUUGCAAAACUCAACAUGGAGCGUGAAUUUUGUUCUCAAAUCUCCUACUUCUCAACUCAUAAUAGAAAACUAUUCAUAUCGAAGAGAUUUAUUAAACAAACAAUUGUUUGAAGAGAAUGAACUACGCAAUCGUCGAAAAUACCCGGGCGAAUUUUUGACGAUAGCCGUUGUACAAUGGCUGAUAAUCGCAAAAAACAGCAGUGUGUUACAAAAACAAUAAAACGUAUACUUGUUGUCAACAAAUGUUUGUAUGAGUGUACUUUUUUGUUUGUGUAUCAGUUAUUUUGCAAAAAAUUAAAUUCAUCGCAAAAAUCAAUAAAUUGUAACUUUUUUCUGAGUAAAAAAUUAUUGCAACAAUUCCGUAUAAUACAUUUGAAAAUAAUAUAAAAUCAUAAACGUUCGAAAUUGCAUUAUGUUUACGCGUUCGGCUACAGUUUUAUUAGAAGAAAAUGCCGGCAUAUUGAUGAAUUGGUUAAACUCCUUCGAUGCUGUUUUAACAGAUUGCGAUGGAGUUCUUUGGGUUUAUGGUGAUGUAAUUGAUGGCUCCGUAGAAGUCAUGAAUCGAUUCAAGGAAAUGGGUAAAAAGAUUUUCUUCUGUACAAAUAAUUCGGCAAAGACACGGAAAGAGCUAUUGGUUAAAGCCCAGCAAAUGGGCUUUAAUGUGACCGAAAAUGAAAUUAUAUCGACAGCCCAUUCAACAGCGACCUACUUAAAGCAGCGCGAUUUCAAUAAAAACGUUUACGUGAUCGGUUCUGAGGGUAUCACCAAGGAAUUAGAUGCGUUUAAUAUAAAGCAUAAUACUGUAGGGCCAGAUCAUAUGACUGGUAAUUUGGCUGAUUAUUUGAGCACACGCUUUAAACUGGAAAACAAUGUAGGUGCAGUGGUGGUGGGCUUUGAUGAGCACUUUAGUUUUCCAAAAAUCGCUAAGGCUGCCUCUUAUCUCAAUGAUCCUGAUUGCUUGUUUAUUGCCACAAAUACCGAUGAACGGUUCCCUAUGCCCUCAAUGGUUAUACCGGGCACUGGCAGUUUAGUUCGCUGCAUUGAGACAUGUGCGGAACGUCAGGCUUUGGUUAUUGGUAAGCCGAAUGUGUCUAUUUGUGCUCAUUUGAUCGAUGAUGGCACUAUUAAACCAGAACGAACCUUAAUGAUAGGUGACAGGUGCAAUACUGAUAUUCUAUUGGGCUAUAAUUGCGGAUUUCAAACAUUAUUAGUAGGCACUGGCGUUCACACACUUGAAUCUGUUAGGCGCUGGCAGACAUCUAAUGAUGACGAAUUACUGAAACUAGUGCCUGAUGUAUAUUUACCGAAGCUAGGAGAUUUAUUACAAUAUAUGUAGGAGAUUUUUUUAGAUUUAUAAUUUUACGUAAUGUAUGCUUAACCAAAAAGUUAUGUGAUCAGCUUUUCUUUUUUUACUCUUCAAAUAUAUUAAUGAAAUAAACUAUAAAGCACUUUUUCUAAUGUUUGCUAACUUAACGUAGAGUACUUUCU